AUGCCUCUCCGACAACAUCUGUUCAAUCGACGCGAAGUCGUCGCCGUGUUUUUGGAUCUCGACGAUGCAACCGUGCACAUCACGGAUAUGGCGCUGCCAGCACCACACCCAGCGCUCGCGUCAUCGGGAGGCGCUGCUGCUUCUGCGUAUGUGCCUCCUCUGACACGCCUGGACGUGGUGCGUGAGGCGCUGGUUGCGUUCGUGCGUGCGAAGGUGCGUUCUGUCCCCAGAACCGCGCUCCUCACCUUUCGCCUGUACGUCGUCCGCACCGGCGGUGCCACGGGAAAGGGACACGAGAACGGAGAGGCAGUGGUGCAGGAGCUAUCGGCACCGGGUCCUGCCGGUGCGGCUGGCGGUCGCGCGAUGCAGGCUGCCAUCAAGGCCCUUGAUCCCAGUCUGUGGGGGCCGAACAACAGCUGCGAGAGCGGUGCUGCGUCGUCGUCGCCGACAGUCUACGCCGGAGUGGUACGGUGCCUGAAGCGCCUUCUCGAGGAGGCAGAGCAAGCGCAGCGGCAGCCCGCCGACCAGGCGGUGAUGGCGAUGUCCAAGAGCGCCUCGGUGACCGUGUUCGAAAACUCAUGCUUCGCUUAUGCGAAAGGUCCCCCAGCUGCCAUGGCUUCUAGCGACAACGUAGGGCUGCCUCUCGCUUCGCGAACUCGCGGAGGCCCACCAGCGACUGCUGCAGCGGUAAACGAGGAGGUGUGUGCUGUGGUGCACGGCAUCGUCCUGCGCUCGCGGCAGUUUCCUCUUGCACUGCCGAGCUCUCGCGCGCAAGCCAAGGCGUCGACAACUUCGUGCAGCACGGACUGCACUCCUACCACUGCGGCGCCACGCUGUUGGCUCGAUAUUGUCUCACUAGCUCCCCUUGGCAGCGUCGCUCAGACACCACUGUCUCGCUCUUCCGCGAACGCUGGCAGCGCUGCGGCAACAGCAAUACCGCAUGGGCGCGCACCGCCCAUUUCGACUGAGCUGAGCAUCGACGAUACCUGUGCCUGCGCAUUGCUGGACCCGGUGGAGCUCACAGGUAUCAGCCACCGUGGGCUCGCACUCGGGCCGGCACUCGCUCGACUCAUCUCCCUAAAGGAGCGCUGCACUGGCUGUUUUGUGCCCCCCCCACUCGCUGUUGUGGAUCUUCGUGCAUUCCCUGCGGCGUCUGCAGAUGCAGGGCCAGCUUCCUUCGUGAGCCAUGCAGCGCUCAAGGCCGGCGAUGGGGCCACCUCCCCAAAGCGAAGCAGCACGUCCUACAGGCUAUACGUCCCGGCUGCCGAAGCGGGAACUGGUACUACCGCAGCAAAAAAUAUCACCUCACAGCCUGCUCCUUCGCCGAAGCCAUCGGCGCCAUCAGCGUCUCCGCGGCGCUCCGAAUUUCUGCCGGUACUGGCAAUGCGAGCCGGGAACGGCAGCACUUCUGCGCAGUCGUGGUGUGUAUGCACCCCUCGCGGCACAGCGCACCACUCCCUCCUCGACAUGCCCGAGCAGCGCGGCACCGCUUCCACCGUGCAAUCGCCGCAGCAGAUCAACCCACGAAGACCCAUCAGGAACAGUGCUACCGCUGCUGCUGCUAGUGCGAGUUUUCCGGUUCCUUUGCGAGUAUUGCGCAAGGAGAUAGAGAUCGACCUUGCCAUGGAGCGACACGGCAGCACCGCGGUCGACGAGGUUCCAUCCCAAUCACCUGAAUCUUCGACGAAGGCGCCAACCCUGCAGCUGAGCCGAGCAACCAUCUACGACGUCUGCACGCAGAGACGACGAGCGCACGCUGCUCUGAGUCCAAGUGGGCGAGGCCCGGAGAAGGGCCCACCGCGCCCUCAACCGCAACCACCGCGUUAG